AUGACCUCGGCGCCCGCACUCUCGCUUGGCCGCGCGUACCGGCGGACCAAGGCGCCGUCGUCCUUCGAGGCCGUGCGUGAGACGGAUUCAGAUGCUCUGGUAUCUCGCAUCCAUGCGUGUGAGGCCGGGUACCUUCCGCCCGACGAGUAUGCGCCCCUCUUUGCGCGGCCGGGCCGGCCACACUCGCGGCGCCCGCCCCUGAUCAGUAUUGGCACGUUCCUGCGCGCGCAGCUUGUGGACCGCUACGUCGAUGCCUUCCUUCGCACAGGGUCACUGAAUGGCACAGAGCCCACGCAGGAGCGUGCCGCCAGCGCACGCACGCUGCAUCGCUACAUGGAGCUGGACUUUACGGAGAGUGUGCAGAGCAAGGUCGCGUCCAUCCAGCACCAUUCCGCGCUCGCUGCGCCCCUGGGCCAGGUGCACACCACGUCCCACUCGCUGACGGCGGAUACGUACGCGCUCCUAGGCACGGACCUCAGCACGCUGGCGACGCAGCCGACCGAGUGGGCAGCUAUCGCCGAGCUGCUCGACCCGGCGUAUCCGACGCUGGUCCUUUGCGAGUGCGUGCUCGCCUAUCUCGAGAGGGACGCCGCCGAUGCGCUGCUGACACAAUUCAUGAAGCACGCUCCGCGCGUGAGCGUGCUGUCCUACGACAUGUGCAUCGCCGGCGAUGCACCGCACGUGGACGCCGAGGCAACACGCUUCGGGCAGGUCAUGCUCCAGAACCUCGGCGCGCGUCAGCUCAUCCUGCCUGGCGCCCGUACAUGCACGACGCCCACAGCCGUGGCAGGCGCUGCCGCCCGCCGAGCGCGAGCGAGUCACGCGACUCGAGCAUCUCGACGAGGUGGAAGAACUGGAAAUGCUGUUGGGUCACUAUAG